AAAUUUGUUUAUUCACCCUCCUGGUCGAUAGGGGGCGACAUUAUUUUUAACCAUUGAAGCUCAGUUUCAACGAAGAGUAAUGCAACAUUCAACAUGGCAGCUCACCUUAUACACCGGAUGGGCUUCAAUGCCCUUUAUUCUAGUGUCUGUGCUCCGAAGCAGGCACUGAGGAUCUGUUGGGGCGCUGUGGAGCAAGUAAGGGGUUACUACGUCGACUGGAAGAUGCUGAGGGAUGUCAAAAGAAGACAGAUGGCUUUUGAUUAUGCUGAUGAGAGGUUACGCAUCAAUUCACUGAGGAAAAACACCAUCUUACCAAAGGAACUUCAGGAGUUAGCGGAUAAAGAAAUUUCAACAUUACCCCGAGACUCAUGUCCUGUGAGAAUCCGCAACAGGUGUGUGAUGACAUCCCGACCGAGAGGAGUGAAACGCAGGUGGAGACUCAGCCGGAUUGUCUUUCGUCACCUGGCGGACUACAGCCAAUUGUCUGGGAUUCAGAGAGCAAGGUGGUGACUUAGGAGGACUAAGUCGAAGCAAUGUUGUCAUUGGCACAGACUUUUUGGGGGGACAUUUCAAGAAACCGUUUAUUGUGCAGGGGAGCCUUUCAGCCCUUCCAACAAAAUGUUGUAUUCUAAAUGUUUUGGGGCAGUGAUUUUUUUUGUUCUUCCCAACAACCUCAUGAGAAAUGGCAGUUAAUGUGAUCAUCUAAUAUGAACAAAGAUGAUUCAAUAAAUACAUAUUUACAUUA